CGCCGCCGCCCGGCGCCGCCAUGGGCAGCAUCUACAAGGAGUACUUCAACCGCGACAAGAUCCGCGAGCACUACAACUACACCAAGGGCGCGGGCGAGGCGGCGGCGGCGCCGCCGGCGCGCUGGGUGGGCUCGGCGCUCAUCGUGCUGCUCUGCGGCGUCAUCGUGCUGGAGAACCUGCUGGUGCUGGUGUCCAUCUGCCGCAACAAGCGCCUGCACCUGGCCAUGUACAUCUUCAUCGGCAACCUGGCGGCGUCCGACCUGCUGGCGGGCGCGGCCUUCAUGGCCAACACGCUGCUGUCGGGCAGCACCACCUUCAGCCUGACGCCGGUGCAGUGGUUCGUGAGGGAGGGCACGGCCUUCGCCACGCUGGCCGCCUCGGUGUUCAGCCUGCUGGCCAUCGCCAUCGAGCGGCACGUGGCCAUCACCAAGGUGAAGGUGUACAGCAGCGACAAGAGCUGCAGGAUGGUGCUGCUGAUCGGCGCCUGCUGGGUGAUCGCCGGCGCCAUCGGCAGCCCGCCCAUCAUGGGCUGGAACUGCAUCAGCGACCUGCGCGACUGCUCCACGGUGCUGCCGCUCUACUCCAAGCGCUACGUGCUCUUCGUCACCACCAUCUUCACCCUCAUCCUGGCCGCCAUCGUGGGGCUCUACACCCGCAUCUACUGCAUCGUGCGCUCCAGCCACGCCGAGAUCGCCACGGCGCAGACCCUGGCGCUGCUCAAGACCGUCACCAUCGUGCUGGGCGCCUUCAUCGUCUGCUGGCUGCCCGCCUUCAUCAUCCUCCUGAUGGACGCCUCCUGCCCCGUCCGCGCCUGCCGCGUGCUCUACAGCGCCAACUACUUCUUCGCCUUCGCCACGCUCAACUCGGCGGCCAACCCGGUGAUCUACAUGCUGCGGAGCAAGGACAUGCGCGGGGAGUUCCUGCGGGUGCUGCGCUGCUGCGGGGCCGGCGGGCGGGGGCGG